AUGCCCUCUUGUGACCAAGGUACAUGUCUAUGUGAAAAAGAAGGCAGAAGAGGGGUACCGUAUAGUCCUUAUAGGUCACAAAAAACAUGGUGGGUGCUAAUUGUUAUAUUAUCAUAUAAUAUAGUGGAAACAAUCGGGACAUUGGGCGAAGCCCCGGAGGCGACCACGGUCGUUGAGUCCGUCGACGAUGUAGACCGUCUAGAUUAUCCUCCAAACACGAAACUCUUCUAUACGACACAAACAACACUCAGCCUUGAUGACUGCAAGCAAAUAAAGGACCGCCUUAUCGAGCGUUUCCCAUGGAUUGAGACAAUACCUAGCGGAUCCAUCUGCUAUGCCACUACCAAUCGACAGGUUGCCGUACAGAAGGCUUGUGGUUUUUGUGAUUUAGUGUUGAUCGUAGGUAGCACCAUGUCAUCUAAUGCUAACCGUUUGGUCGACACCGCCACAGUGAGGAAGGUUAGAGGGAAGCUCAUACCUGAUGCCGAAGCUGUGACACCCGAGCUUUUAGGGGAUGCACAAAACAUCGCAUUGUCAGCGUCAGCAUCGACUCCUGACGAGCUUACAUCGGCGGUUGUCGAAAAGUUGGCAAAUCCACCAUUCAACUUUGAUAUCAAAAUCUUUAACGGCGGUGAAGAGCGUGUGCCAAAAUGGCGAUUACCUAGGUUAGUGCUAUAUAAUGUGAUACACAUAUGGCUACAGGAAUCUCGAAAAUUUCAUUAA